CCAAUUCCCAAAUAACAAGUCCAAUUGGGACCGGCUCCUCUCUGCCUGCUCUAUCAUGGCACGUGACUGGGGCCUCCCUCCAUUAGAGAAAGUUGUAUGGUAGGGUUUGGUUUUUUGAUUGCAGAGGAACCAUCACACGGCAAUAAAAGAAAGAAUACGUUACACCUUUUCAUAACCAAAUUAGAAAUUACCACACUAAUGUGAUGUAUGUAUAAGGUUCCAAAGUUGAGAGUUCCAAGUCCAUCUCCGCAGUUCGGUUUAAUUAAUUAAUUAAUUAUCAAUCUUGUAAUUUAAUUUCCCCAACAGUCCAUGUGCAUCAUAUUUUCCAUUCUUGUUGGUGCUGCUUUUGGAGAAGGAAAGAAUCUAUCUAUUUACUUUUAUUUAUACACAAAGAAUGAAGAGAGAGGGGUUAUUGUUAUUGAUCUAAUCAUUUUAUAGAUCAAGAUGAGCAACAGUCCAAGUCCCACACCGUGCAGCCGAUCCUGGUCAAUAAGCGAGGAGUCACUUAGAAGGUAUGUGAAGUUCGCGAGUGAGAGCUGCAUUCAGGAGCUUCUGGCUGCUUCAGACACAAAUAAUAACAACAAAGGGAACAACAAUAUUAACAUUAUUAAUAGUAAUUAUGAUAAUGAUGGUGGUUGGAAGCUCCUCACUCUCGACAACGGUGUAGAGAUUUCCAAACGGAGGUCAGGCUCGCUCCACACUUUCCGCAGCCGCUGGGUUCUUCCCUCUGUCUCUCCCCAACAAUUCAUCACUGUCGCCAACGCCAUUGACGCUGCAAAGCAAUGGGACUCGGAUCUGGUGGAAGCUCGGUACAUAAAAGAUCUGGAAGAGAACCUGAGCAUAAUUCGGCUAAGGUUUGGAGAAAACUCGAAGCCUCUGUUCAGGAAUAGAGAAUUCAUAGUGUACGAGCGGCGUGAGACCAUGCAAGAUGGGACCUUGGUGGUGGCGGUUGCUUCACUGCCAAAAGAAAUCGCUGCUGGCUUACAUCCCAAGCAAAGUAAUGCCAUCAGAGCCCUCUUGCUACAAUCUGGAUGGGUCGUUGACAAGCUUGAAGAUAAUUCAUGUGUCGUUACUUAUGUUGUUCAGCUGGAUCCUGCUGGAUGGUUGCCCAAGUGCUUUGUCAACCGGUUUAACACAAAACUCGUCAUGAUUAUUGAGAACCUUAGAAAAUUGGCCCAGCAAGCUUGUCCUCCAAUUGAACCUCAAAAAUAAUUCCUACUUCUAUAUAUUUGUAAAGUUUGGAGGGAACAGGUCGGAGCCAGGGAGUGUAACACCAACUAUAUAUAUAUAUACUAUAAUCAAGUGAGCCAAUUUCGGCACUGCAACUGCAAUAUAUAUAAAAAAAUGUUUAAUUAAUUAUUAGUGAUAACCAAUAAGCCUUUGCUCUA